GUGACAACAGAGUUACAGAGUGCAUGUGGCCAUUCUUCAUGAACAGAAUACUGACAAUGAUUCAGAUCAUCUGAACCACUCAUUCAUGCAAAUUCUAUCAUCAAUAGAUUACUCAUAUCUUAACUCAUCACACACACACACUUAAGUAAGAAAAGUUGCAACUCAACCUUGGUGUUUUGUGUUCUUUUGACAAAGAUGAAUCCUUCUAAGGUUUCUAUUCUUUUCAUUUUGGCUAAUGUGAUUCUGUUCACUAUUGUGUCUGCAAACAAGCACCCAUGCCCUCCAAAAACACCAACCACCAAGUGUCCAAAAGAUACCCUAAAGUUCGGUGUUUGUGGUGACUGGCUGGGACUAGUUCAUGAGGCCAUUGGAGCUCAACCGGAUAGUGAAUGUUGCUCGUUGGUGAAGGGUCUAGCCGACCUUGAAGCCGCAGCGUGCCUGUGCACAGCACUUAAGGCUAAUGUGCUCGGUGUCCUCAAGGUUAAAGCGCCUGUUGCACUUAGUUUGUUGGUCAAUUCUUGUGGGAAAAAGGUUCCAGAAGGGUUUAAAUGUGCAUGACAAGUAAUUGUAGCACAUUUAAUCUACAUUUACUUUGUAUUGUGGUCGUGCUAAUCUUUAUUUGUGUAUUUUGUGUAAUAAUCCGUGAUGAUUCAUUACCAUUGUUUGUUGAAUUUUGUAAUGCUUUUAGUCACAUGAUAUCUCAUUUAAUUUUUAUCCUUA